AUGUAUUUUCUUUUUGUCGCCUUCAUUUUUAAACUUUUUUUCCUCCUGUUUGACUUCUCCAUUAUUCCCUUGUUGGACAUAUACUUUUUUUCUUUUUUUUUUUUUUGUCGAAUGUUAUUUUUCCUUGGUUUUCCUUACAUUAUUUCUGUUAAUUUCGCGCCUUUUUUUGUUCUCUGCUUCUUUUCCUCCCAUCGCAGCUUUUCAGUAUUAUUUUUUUUCACUUCAUUACAACAAUCCUCCGAUUCAGGUGGGCUUAUAUUUACUUUUAUUGCUCGUUCAUUUUUAUGUUUUUUCUCGUUUCUUUCUACUUUUUCUUCUCUCUUUUCCCUUUUCUUCUUGUGCUUCUUUUUUCUCUCUUUUUUUUCUGUUUCUUUACUUGCUUCUUCUUCUUCUUCUUCUUCUUCUUCUUCUUCUUCUUCUUCUGCUGCGGCUGCUGCUGAUAGUUUUUCCUCUCGCUCUCUAUUUUUCUUCUCCUUCUUCAGCUUCUCUUUGUCAUUCUUUUUUCUAGCUUUUCUUUUUCUUCUUCUUCUUCUUUCUCUAUCUUUCUCUUCUACCUCUUUCUCUUCUUUUUCUUCUUUAUCCUCUUCCUCUUUCUCUACUUGUUUUCCUUUAUCUUCUUGUUCUUUCAUAAAUGCUUUUCCUUUCCAAUCCGCUGUGUUUUUCCCUCGCACUAAUGAUGCCAUCCAUCACAUCAAUUGCGUGUUGUUCACGUGA